AUGCUAUACCGUAGUUACUACCGUUACUUUCACGUAAAGCAUCUGAAUAAUUGCACUACCUACACAAGCUCGGUCCCCCGACACCGAUUCUACUUCUCCUUGCAGCCAAAUAUCUUCAACGCCCACCAACUUCGUCGCCUCACUCUCGACCUCUCGACUUCUCGACUUCUCGACCACGACGAGACGAGACGAUCCGAGACGAGACGACCAUCUACCCUCAUCAUGAACAAAUUAGCAAACAUGCGCCAUUGGUCUGGAAAUGGGUUUGGAAUGUCGUCGCGCCCGAACCCCAACCCCAAUCCCAACAACAACAUGCUCAUGACGAGCAACCUCGUGCAGCAGCAGCAGCAGCAGCAACAGCAGCAGCAUCAACAACAACAGCAUCAGCAGCACAAAACCAUGAAUGGCCACUCGCCCAUCCUCUCACCCACGCAGCAGGACCAGCCCAUACACUAUUCCUUCAACGUACCCUUUGCCUCCGACCUCGCCGGCCCGAACAUCGAAGAUAUCUUGUACGCGACCAAGGGCGCCGUCGAGCGAUGGACGCACCCCUCUGAUGCGGCGGAUGACGUGCCGAUUCAUGAGCUGCCUGUCCACGCCCAAAACGUUACGACCUUGAGGCAGUUGUGCAAAGAUCUAACUAAUGGCCCACUGCCGAUUGAGGCUCAUGUCAAGUCGUCGGAGCCGCGGUUGGUCAAGGGCCAGGUCACCAACGUGUGUCUUUCCGGAAGCUCGGAACUGGUUCACAAGAGCAGAGAGACCAUCUUGAACGACACGCCGUUGGCAUUGCGAUGUGCUAUUGUCGAUGUCGAUGGAGAUCUAGUACUUGAUGAUACGAAGUGUGCUCUGAAGCUGGAGGUGGUUAAAUAUCUCGAUCAUGUUGCAAGCUUCUGCGGAGUCGACAUCUUCCUUCUCGGACCAAAGUUUGCCCUGCAGGAUGGCCCGAAUGCCAGUGGAGAAGCCGGCACGGAUCAGAGAUGGAGAGUGGCAGUCUAUGGAGACAUGGAAAGUGCAGAACACGCAAAGACCCGGGUCCUGAUCUUCAUUGAUAAACUGCUCGGACGCUUCGUUGAUGGAACCAUUCUGGAACUGUCUCUCCACACAGUUGUAUGCGGCCGAUCUCGCAAGAAUAUCAAGCUCAUUGAGUCGUCAACUAACACGGCCAUUUACUUCCCACCCCCAUUUUCUCAGGUCUACAGAUACUGCCCGGCUGGAGCUGAACGCCGAAAUCCCGAGGAAAUCUUUAUUACAGGCGAGACUGCACAGAACAUCAAUAUGGCGAAGGCCAAAAUUCACGAGCUCGUCAACCGAACCCGGAUCUUCAUGAAGGAUGCCUCCAUCUCGUCCGCAAAGCUUGACAGCAUCCUGCUGACAAGAUUGGAUAAGGUGCGUAAGAUCAUGGAGACCAAUGGCACUUUCAUCCAGUUCCCAGCUCUGGCAUCCCAGCGAGGUCACAUCAGAAUCCAAGGCGUGGAGGGUCUUCACGUCGAGCGGACUGUCAGAGAUGUUAUGUCUCUCACUGGCCAGUUUUACAGCGCCUCAUGGUGGAUCCAACAGGCGGAUGCGAUGCGACUGCCAAACCCUAACGAGAUCCGCAACAUGCUUUCUGACAUUUGCGCCAAUUCUGAUGCCGAUGUUGCUUUUGACAAGCUUACGUUCACAAUCACAGGUUCUGACGAUUCCGUCAAGGCAGCAUUGAUGGUUAUUUCGGAGAUCAAAUUUGUUACUCGAUCCCAAUACCAGAUCAGAGUCAAGAUUGAGCUUGCUAAUGAGCACAAGGAAUUUGUCAGUGGCAAGAAGAACGGCAAGAUCAACAAGAUCAUGGGUCAGAGCAGUGUGCAGAUCAUCUUCGAUGGCUUCAACGAGUACAACUUCAACAUCGAUGUUUGUGGCAGCAACUAUGAGGCCAUGAAGAAUGGUCUGAUGCUCGUCGAGCAGGAGAUGCCAGCUUCAAUCUCGUUCCACGUCCCUGAUCAGUACCAUAAGCGCAUCAUUGGCAUCGGAGGUCAGCACAUUCAGCGAAUCAUGAAGAAGCACUCUGUGUUUGUCAAGUUCUCCAACGCCAUGGACCGCGGCGGCGUAGGACGCGAGGAAGAUGAUAUCAAGGUGGACAAUGUCAUCUGCCGUACCCCUGCCCGCAAUGCCCAGAACCUGGAACUUGUCAAGUCCGAGAUCUUGGAUAUGGUCGACCGCGUGGACUCCGAAUUCACGACUCAGGUUGUCAACGUCGACCGCCUCUACCACCGACAGCUCAUUGCUCGUCUCGGUCAACUGGAGGAGCUAGAGAAGAAGUGGAACUGCAAGAUCAUCUUCCCCAGCACCGAGCAGGCAAGCGACGAUGUCACUGUUUCCGGACCGGAGUGGCAGGUUCCUCACUGCGUUGACGAGUUCCUCGGCAUGGUUCCUGACAACCACGACCUAGUCUUGGCUCGUACGGAUGCGUUGACUGCCUUCCUUGGAUCCAUGCAAUUCAAAAUUGACCUGGUGUCCAAGCUCAAGAACCAAUACGUGGUCGAGGUGCGCGUUUUGGAAGAUGAGAGUGAGCUCACAGAAGAUGGAGGGCCUACUAUGACUCUGCACUGGACUUUCACGAGAAACAACGCGGGUGGGGUCCGGGAUGCUAUCGACUUCCUCAAUUCGAACCUUGCCUCUGCCGGGAUUGAGACUACGGUUGUCAAAGGAGCCAUCCCACGACCCAAGUCUGACUCCUUCGAAGAAUCGCUCCAGUACUUUGACUCGAAGCUCCUCCAGCAUGCUCCAGCUCCGGUCUCCACCGACUCGCCAACCAAGUCUUCAUUCGGCGAUGAUGUCGCUCGUGAGCGUAGUACCAUCUUUGACAAGCUUCGUAAACCGGGUAGCAUGUCUUCCAUCUCUUCUUUCUUGGACCGUCGCAAGAACAGCUCUCAGUCUCCCGUUGGAUUCUUCAAGAACGGUUCCAACAACGUCUCCAAGUCGUCCUUGAUCUCCAUUGAAUCGACAAGAAGCUUUAAUGCUGAUCGCAACCCAUGGAACGAUAGUGGUGUCAAUUUGGCCGAUGAUGACGGUGCCCCAUGGCCCACUCGCCACUUUGGCACCGCCAGUAACAGCAGUAAUGGCAGCAUGGAGCACAAGUCCUCUCACCUUCAGCAUCCCGGAGAUGUAACACCAAGACACAACAUGCGAGCCUCGACCGACAGUGGUCGCCCCUCGACUUCUAAUUCCACCAACUCGGGGUACCCGAUUGGCCCAAUCGGCGCCCCGCGUUCUUAA